CACACACAUUGUGUGUGUCUGGGAUCGAACAAGGCAGGGGAAACAAGGGUGAAACCCUUGUUUACCAAAUUCAAUCAAUUGGAUAGGAGUUUAGAAGAUAAUCAACUGCAUGAACUCAAAUCUACACUCAUCUAAACUCGAUAUUGAAGAGGCGGGAAGGAAGAAAGUUCAAGUGCUAGGAAUACGGAAAUCACACAAGAUCGAGGUGGUGAUGGCUUUAAGAGAUAAGAUAAAACGGCACUUGAAGCUUCCGCAUGGAUAUGUUAUGGAAUACAAGCCACAUGAUGCUUCCCUGCGUGAUAAUUCAUCAUAUCGGAACACUUGGUUGAGAGGAUAGAGAAGAAGCCGGGAUGGGGUGGGGCGCGGUCUGUUGUUGGGGUGCUUAUGAUGGUCAAUAUUUCGGUCCUUGUUAUAUUUGACUAACCUACCUUGAAUAUCAAAGAAAGAAGCAACAUUUGUCAUGUGGACAUGAUUUUGGAUAUUUUAUGCAUCAACUUAAAACUCUAAAUCACUUCAUGAUCAUCUUAUUGUUACCAAUCUCUAGAUUAUGUAAUCAACGUUUAAUGGCAUUUAAAAUAUAGAUAUAGCCAACAGAAACUGGUUGAUUC